UGAUGUUCCCCGGCCCGACACAGACCGGAGCAAACCCCGAUAUGCGUGUCGCUGACAGGCGAGAUGUUUACGUGUUUCCCCUGAAGCUUCACUGGGUGUUUUUCCGCCUGACAGAAUUAGCCUGUGUUCAGUUUCCAGCAGCCGCCAUGAAGGGAAGAAGGACGCGGUUGUAGCCGCUCGCUAGCUGGCUCUAGCUACCUGCUAACGUGCUGCUAACGGCUUUGGGUUCCGCGGCGUCAACACGGUUUCCUAAUGUGCCUUUCACAUAUCAAUAAGAAAGAAGUGGUGUAUUUUCAAGCUGUCUUCUCGGUGGGAGGAGGAGUGAAGCUGAUAAGUACGUUCAGGAGCGGUUGUGAGUGUUGACGGUGACAGUGUAGCUCGCCAGCUGAUAGUGUUUUGCUACCUGUGUGCGCCGCUAGCCACGUAAACUGCCCCUGCCGGUGUUGACGUAGCAGCAGCAGCAGCUAGCUCGUCUGUCCGGUGUGCCAGGUGAGCUAGCCGGGUCGGGACUGAGCUAGAACCACGCCGAGCUCCACGGAGUGGGGGGACAUGAGCGGUGGCAGCUCAACAUGCGUUAACUGGACCUGAACGUGUGGCUCGUUUGGUUUCCUGGAUGAUGAAGCGGGUCAUCUGGCUCAUAUCAGGAUUAAAUCGAAGAAUGAUGAAGCUUCUCUUUGCCCUCGCCUUGAUCGCCUACAUUGCCUCUGUCUGGGGAACAUACACAAACAUGAGAUCAAUACAAGAACACGGAGAAAUGAAGAUUGAGCAGAGAAUCGAUGAGGCUGUGGCGCCUCUCAGAGAGAAGAUUCGUGAUCUUGAACAAAGUUUUUCUCAGAAAUACCCUCCUGUCAAAUUCCUGUCAGAAAAGGAUCGGAAGAGAAUUCUGAUUACUGGAGGUGCUGGUUUUGUUGGUUCCCACCUGACUGACAAACUGAUGAUGGACGGCCAUGAAGUGACUGUGGUGGACAACUUCUUCACAGGGAGGAAAAGAAAUGUAGAGCACUGGAUUGGCCAUGAGAACUUUGAGCUCAUCAAUCAUGAUGUAGUGGAGCCUCUCUAUAUAGAAGUGGACCAAAUCUAUCACCUGGCAUCUCCAGCCUCUCCCCCAAACUACAUGUACAAUCCCAUCAAAACCCUCAAGACCAACACCAUCGGCACUCUGAACAUGCUUGGUCUUGCCAAACGUGUGGGCGCCAGACUUCUCCUUGCUUCGACCUCUGAGGUUUAUGGAGAUCCAGAGGUGCAUCCACAAAAUGAGGAGUACUGGGGUCAUGUCAACCCUAUUGGUCCUCGAGCGUGCUACGAUGAGGGGAAACGAGUAGCAGAGACCAUGUGUUAUGCCUACAUGAAGCAGGAAGGAGUUGAGGUGCGAGUGGCGAGAAUCUUCAACACGUUUGGGUCCCGGAUGCACAUGAAUGAUGGACGUGUUGUCAGCAACUUCAUCCUGCAGGCUCUACAGGGAGAACCUCUCACUGUGUAUGGUACUGGUUCUCAAACAAGAGCCUUUCAGUAUGUAAGCGAUCUGGUGAACGGCCUGGUUCUGUUGAUGAACAGCAACAUCAGCAGUCCCGUCAAUCUGGGGAACCCAGAGGAACACACCAUAUUGGAGUUUGCUCGUCUCAUUAAAAGUCUUGUCGUGAGCCGGAGUCAGAUCCAGUUCCUUCCUGAGGCCCAAGACGACCCACAGAGGCGAAGACCAGACAUCCGAAAAGCCAAGAUGAUGCUGGGCUGGGAGCCGGUGGUGCCGCUGGAGGAGGGCUUGAACAAAACCAUCCAUUACUUCAGCAAAGAACUGGAGCAUCAGGCCAACAACCAGUACAUCCCCAAACCCAAAGCUGCACGCAUGAAGAAAGGACGGCCCAGACACAACUGAGCUGGUGUCUCCCACCACAGACUCUCCCAGAAGGAUGUGAACACUCCUCAGAGGACAACUCCGUAAACGACACUGCUGGCCACAGCACUCUGGGAUAUGGAUUCUUGUUUUUGAGAAGCAGAGACAUGUUGUGAGUCUCUUAAAAACAAUAGCGUUGCCUUGUGUUGGAGCUGCAGCUGCACUGCGUGUGUGGGUUUCCUCACCUCACCCGAGUCUGCGUGUUUGGAUGGACAAGCCUGAAUCAAAAACAGCUAUUUCAGACAAGCAAAUCUGAUACUCAGCCUAUUUUUUCUUUGUGAAUUUGUGCUUUUGAUAUUUAAAUUGCAGACAUGAGAAUCUCUCAGUGCUUUGUGUUAAUCAGUUUCAUGGCGUUUUGGCUCCAGAGCUUGGUUGCCUGACUUUUCUUUUUUCUGUCCUGGAUGUUUUGUAGUAUCAGUGGCGUGCCGGCUGCCUGUUGGCUGCUCGGGCGGCGCGCUGCAGGACUGUUCAAAUGUUCCAGAAAGACUGUUGCGGCAUCUUUAUUCAUUGUGUUUAUCAGGACUUCAGUGUGAUCUACUUUGUGAAAUCUCAUUUCAGGAUGUGCAUUAUCAAUUUCAGGUGAAGAUGCUAUUUUAAUAAAAUAUUUUCAAUAUUUUGCGUA